CAUUGCUCUGGUAUAAAUAUAUAAACCACAUAAGAAAUCAUCACUUCACUAUACCAAACAGCUUAUAGAUUUAUUUGAGAUGGCAAACAUUUCGCAGUUGUUGUCGCUCAUGGCAAUCCUCCUAUCAUCCAUCAUGAUCAACCACCUUCCCGUGGCAAGCUCAAAACAGUGGUGUGUGUCAAAGCAGACGGCCAAGGAUGAUCAGCUAGAAGAUAACAUCAAUUUUGCGUGUAGUAAUGGGAUUGAUUGUAGACCAAUCCUACCGAGUGGAGCAUGUUUUAAGCCCAAUACUACAAUAAGUCAUGCAUCAUAUUUGAUGAACGAUUAUUACCAAAGCCAUGGCCGAACCAACGAAGCAUGUUUGUUCUUUUUCCCAAAUAGCGGCAUGCUUACUUCCACGGACCCUAGUUACAAUCAGUGUAUCUAUAAAUAGGUGAUCCGGGAAGUACAUGAAGGAUGAAUAAUUCGGCAGUUCUAAUGUCCUUCUUCUUACAUAUAUGUUAAGUUCCACAAACUCCAGAUUUCGUUUGCUGUUUCUUUUUCUUCAUUGAUAAAG